GCGCUCAGCUGACCCCGCGCGGAGGGGCCGGGCCGCGCCGCCGCUCCUCACUGGCGCAGCGCGGGCCCCGCGCCGCGCCCGCCGCCGCCGCGCCCGCACCUCCCCGCAGCCUGUGCCCCGAUGCUCUGAGCCCGCGCGGCCCCAGACCCGGCCAGCGCCGCCAUCUCCCCGAGCCCCGUGGCGGCCAUCGGAGCCGCGGCCGCCUCGCAUCCAGGGAGCCGGCGGGAGGAGAAGCCAUCCCGCCGCCAUGGACAGCCCCGGCGGCGUCACCGACAAGAAGAGGAUUAGCUCUGAACGCAGGAAAGAGAAGUCGAGGGAUGCGGCGCGGUGCCGUCGGAGCAAGGAGUCGGAGGUGUUCUAUGAGCUGGCCCACCAGCUGCCCCUGCCGCACACCGUCAGCGCACACCUGGACAAGGCCUCCAUCAUGAGGCUGACCAUCAGCUACCUGCGCAUGAGGAAGCUGCUGGAUGCUGGUGAGCUGGAGACAGAAGCCAAAAUGGAGAAGGAACUGAACUGUUUCUACUUGAAAGCUCUUGAUGGCUUUGUCAUGGUUCUGUCUGAAGAUGGGGACAUGAUUUACAUGUCUGAAAACGUGAACAAGUGUAUGGGACUCACUCAGUUUGAGUUGACGGGGCACAGUGUAUUUGAUUUCACUCAUCCAUGUGACCACGAGGAGCUGAGAGAAAUGCUUACACACAGAAAUGGUCCUGUGAAAAAGGGCAAAGAGCAAAACACGGAGCGCAGCUUUUUUCUCAGAAUGAAGUGUACACUGACUAGCAGGGGAAGAACAGUGAAUAUAAAGUCUGCUACAUGGAAGGUGCUGCACUGCACUGGCCACAUCCGUGUGUACGACACAUGUGGGAACCAGACUCACUGUGGAUACAAAAAGCCUCCCAUGACCUGCCUGGUGUUGAUCUGUGAACCUAUUCCUCACCCGUCAAACAUUGAGGUGCCCCUGGACAGUAAAACGUUCCUCAGUCGUCACAGUCUUGAUAUGAAAUUUUCCUAUUGUGAUGAAAGAAUUACAGAGUUGAUGGGGUAUGAGCCAGAGGAGCUCCUGGGUCGCUCAAUCUAUGAGUACUAUCACGCACUGGAUUCUGAUCAUCUGACCAAAACACACCAUGACAUGUUCACAAAAGGGCAGGUGACAACAGGACAGUACAGAAUGCUGGCCAAACAAGGUGGCUAUGUCUGGGUUGAAACUCAAGCAACUGUUAUAUACAACACUAAGAAUUCUCAGCCCCAGUGCAUAGUGUGUGUGAACUAUGUGUUGAGUGGAAUUGUUCAGAAGGACUUAAUUUUUUCCCUUGGACAAACUGAGUGUAUGCUGAAACCAGUGGAGUCUCCUGACAUGAAAAUGACCAAAAUAUUCAGUAAAGAUGACCUGGAUGAUACCAACAGCCUAUUUGAAAAACUUAAACAGGAACCAGAUGCUUUAACUGUGCUAGCCCCAGCUGCUGGAGACACAAUUAUCUCUCUAGAUUUCAGCAGUAAUGAGUCUGAUGAACAACAAUGUGAUGAAGUUCCUUUGUAUAACGAUGUAAUGCUCCCCUCAUCCAGUGAGAAAUUGCAGAAUAUAAAUAUGGCAAUGUCCCCACUACCUGCCUCUGAAACUACAAAGCCACUUCGUAGCAAUGCUGAUCCUGCACUCAAUAGAGAAGUUGUAUCAAAGCUGGAGCCAAACACAGAGCCACUCGAACUUUCUUUUACCAUGCCUCAGGUGCAAGAACAACCAACCAGCCCUUCUGAUGCAAGUACCAGCCAAAGUUCACCUGAGCCCAGUAGUCCCAACGACUACUGCUUUGAUGUGGAUAAUGAUAUGGCCAGUGAAUUCAAACUGGAAUUAGUGGAGAAACUCUUUGCCAUAGAUACAGAAGCAAAAAAUCCAUUUUCUACUCAGGAAACCGAUUUAGAUUUAGAGAUGUUGGCUCCUUACAUCCCGAUGGAUGACGACUUCCAGCUGCGCUCCUUCGAUCAGCUGUCCCCGCUGGAGAGCAGCUCCUGCAGCUCCCAGAGUGCAGCCAGCAUCCCCCUGUUCCAGCAGGGCCAGGCAGCAGCGGGCAGCGCCGAGGAGGCCAAGCCGGGGGACGAAGUGAAGAGCGCCAUUGUCCCUUCGUCACCCGCGCGCGGCGGCCCCGAGUCCAGCAGCGCGCCCGCCUCGCCCUACGGCGGCAGCAGGAGUCGAACGGCCUCUCCCAUCAGGGCAGGGAAAGGAACGGUGGAUCAGGUGGAAAAGCCUUCUCCAGGAGCACCCAGCUUGCUAACAGUCACUCUGAAUGAAAGAUCUACUGCACUGGAUGAAGAACUAAAUCCAAAGAUGCUAGCUUUGCAUAAUGCUCAGAGAAAACGAAAAAUGGAACAUGAUGGUUCACUUUUUCAGGCAGUUGGAAUUGGGUCUUUAUUCCAGCAGACAGGUGACCGUGGAGGAAAUGCAUCACUUGCUUGGAAACGUGUAAAGGGAUGCAAAACAAAUGGUCAGAGUGGAGUGGAGCAAAAGACAAUCAUUCUACUAUCAACUGACAUAGCAAGUAAACUUCUAGGGCAGUCGAUGGAUGAGAGUGGACUCCCCCAACUCACGAGUUACGACUGCGAAGUAAACGCUCCCAUACAGGGCAACAGAAACCUGCUACAGGGGGAAGAACUGCUCAGAGCUCUGGAUCAAGUUAACUGAGCUUUCACAAAACUUGCUCCUUUUUUGGACACUGGUGAAUCAUCACCUAAAGCAGUCUAUUUAUAUUUUCUAUAUCUGAUUUUAGAAGCCUGGCUACAGUACUGCACUAAUUCAGUUAGUUCAGUUUUGAUCCCCUUUCUACUUAUUUUGACAGUCUUUUUAAUAUGUUCUUUAUGUAACAAUAACUCAAACUCUAGUGCAUUUUUAUAAUUCUUUGGUACAUACACUUUUAAGUCCAUUACAUUUAAAACACACUUGCAAUAGCAGCUUUGAAAUAUGCACCUGAUUAAAAAAAAAUAUUUAUUUUUUGGCUGGGGAGUUUGUCACCAAAACUUAUCAUUAGUAAAAUGUCAACACAGGAAAAACUGGCAAUACUUCCAUCCUGCUUUUCAUAGGUAGUUGGAAGACUUGUGCUCUCUUACUCUUUAUGUUCAAGUAAGUUUUUUAUGUUAAUAGUUUUUAUAAGAAACAACAAUGCUUUGCAGCGGUGCAUUGUAGCCACAAUCGCACAAUAUAUUUUCUUAAAAAAUACCAGCAGUUCCUCAUGCAAUAUAUUCUGCAUUUAUAAAAACUAGUUUUUAAGAAGAAUCUUUUGUUUGCCUAUGAAAACGUGUUUAAACCUGGAUUAUGUCAUUCUUUUAGUCACGUUGUAAUAUAAAUUGUUCUCAAAUGCUGUCUUAUGCUUUUGACUUCAGUGGGUGUGGUUAGUCAAAGGAAAGGCUUUAUCUGGAAAGGGCUAGCAGCAUUUUCUUUGGAUACGUUCUCAAUUUAGAGAAAGUUUGAUGUUCUUAAAGUAGUCACUUUGCCAGCUUAAAAAAAAUCCCUGCCUGUAGUUGUUGAAGUUAAUGCUAAUAUUGUGUAUGAUCUUAAAUCUAAAUGUUCAGCUUACCCUGUGUGGUAUAGGUGAUAUUUCAAGCAGAUUGUAAAACAUCUUGCAUUGUUAGCAAACUUUUAUCUAGUACAUCAUUGAGUUGCUCAAUAUUUUGAUGUUUUGGUUUUAUGCACCUUGUUGCUAUUAACAUCCAUAUGUUUUCAUGUAGAUUUCAAUAACUUGAAUAUAUUUAGAAGCCUUUUUAUUUAGAAAUAUAUAGUUGUCACAAACAUCUUAUUUUCCUAUAUGUACUGUACAAAACCUUCAUUCACUCAUUCUUUUUGCUCUUUGUGGUUGGAUCUAACACUAACUGUAUUGUUUUCUUACAUCAAUAAACUAUAUGUGGACCAGGCCCCCUUGGGGAGUGUGUUAUCUGAGAGAAAUGAGAUAAUUUAUAUUUUUGUUAGUGGUUAUUGUUCAUCCGUGUUCCCUUUUUAACUUAGAGUUGAUUGGAAACUACUGCUUCCUUAUUUUGAUUGUAACAUCUCUGCGUUCAUUCUUUGAGCCUGUUCAGUACUGAAGUCUCCCAGACAGUGUUGUACUACCACUCGCCAAAGACAUUACACUUCUCAACCUGUAAUCACAGCAGUGAGCAAACCUGGCAGCGAGGAGGCAGCAUCUUUGUUUUUCUUUAGAGCAGAAAGAAUUCAUCUUUAUGAACAGUUUAAAGGCUUGUCUCUGGAAGCUUUAUCAAGGUAACACAGGAAAGCAGGAAAAGGUAAAACUCACAGGAGUGAUUGAUCUGAGAUGGAUUUCUAUCACAAAAUUCCAUGAUUAAAAAAUUAAGCUGGUACUUGAUGAAACUUGUUUUGUGCUGUUGACCCAGUGACUUUCCUCAUUUUGCUGUCAUAAAACACAAUGCCACCGGUAACCCUGUCUUGUGUAAAUAUGGUCAAGAUAUUCUGUGCAUUCUUCAAACUAUUUUUACAAAACUUAUCUCAAUAUAAGUAAUCAGUCAUGGAGUGUCACAGGAGUUACUUUGGUUUUGUGUUGUAAACUUUUUGUUUUCAUUGCACUGUUUUGAAAUCAAUGUCAUAGUACGUAAGUGUGACCUGUCCUCUGAAAUUACUGUUUCACCGAAAGGAGCACUUUCCAAACUGCCACAACUCUAUGAAACUAAAAGGACACUAUUAACAAAAAAUUAUAAGGCACUGGCAGCAGAAGAUUGUUGCACACUUGAUAAAGUUUGGAGUAGAAGCUGCACAGAGAGAAGGUAGGGACAGUCAGCUGCAGCUGAAGCUUCAUGCAGAGAACAUUUUCACUAGUGAACAUUUUUAAUGGCUAGAAGCAGCAGAGAUCCUCCCUGCCUCGCUGUGUCUGGGCUGGCAUUCUUUCUAUGGCAUUUCUUUCUCUGUCAGCAGUUAGGAGGUUUAAAUUGUGAAGUUGGGUUAAGCCCCUGCUGUUUAGGGCAUCCCUCCUGCUUUUAGCUCUGCAUGGAUUGAUGUGGAGCUUCUGUGAGAGUCUUGCAGGCAGGUGAAAAGUGCAGCUGGGUUCUACUUUUGAACUGCCCCACCAGACUUUGAGCUGGCUUGGAGGGGAAUUAUCCCUUUGCACUUUCAAUAGUUGGGUCAGAGGUGUUCUGCUGCUCUCUUGGCCAUAUUUUGGAGGAGCCUGACCUGUUUGGAUCUUUCAGGUACCCUUCAGUGCACUAAGAGGGCAGAAAGUUUUCAGACUAAAAUACGUGUUAAAAAGAGAAGGAAGACUGAAGUGCCCCAUAUGAUUUAUGGUCAUGAGCCCACUGGAGUCAGAGAAUGGCUUGUGUUGGAAGGGACUUUAAAGAUCAUCUUGUUCCCACACCCCUGUCAUGGGCAUUCCAUGAGAUCAGGUUGCUCAGAGCCCCAUCCACCCUGUCCUUGAUCAUCUCUGAGCUUAGAAACAGCAGCUGUGGAUUUAAAUGAGCCAUGUUUCAUCUAAAAAUCUUGGUUCUAACAUUUUUAUUAUGCAUAAUAACAACAUUUAGUAUGCAUAAUAAUAAUAUUUUGAUUACUGUGAUUAACUGCUGUAGCUGUAUUGGUUUACUGUAGGGGAAAAAUAACCUAACAAAAUCCACCCUGCCUCCUAAAGACACUGAACAAGGCACAGAAAAGGAGCAAUAAUUGCUCUGGCCUUGUGAGAGCUUUGCUAAAUCCAGAUGCCAGUUUGCAAAACCUAGUUCACCUUUCAGUUGCUUUUUUAAAAUUUCUGUUUUACUAACUUCCUCCCCCCCCCCCCCCCCCCCAGUAAACUUUUUGGUUUUGGUCUCUUUAGACUCCAGGAACACACAGUCUGAUUCUACAGCUAAUUUGGAGUACAAGCUUCUAGAAUAAAUGGCUUUCUAAGUGUUUUCUUAGUGUUCUUCUUGCAUGCUUUCUUUGCCAACUUGCUGCCUUUUUAAAAUGUUGAGACACCAUAUUAGAAAUUAUGAGGAAAUCAAUGACUGUGAGGGUGGUGAGACACUGGCACAGGGUUCCCACAGCAGCUGUGGAGAACCCAGCCCUGGAAGUGUCCAAGGCCAGGUUGGAUGGGGCUUGGAGCAACCUGGGAUGGUGAAAGGUGUCCCUGCCCAUGGCAGGGGCUUGGGACUAGGUGGGUUUUAAGGUCCCUUCCCACCCAGAUAAUUCUGUGAUUUGUUCUUUGUUGUAAAGAAGAAACUGUGGGUAAAUACAGUAUUUUCUUCUUUAUAUAGACCAUGCUAAUUAUGUGAAGAUGGUAAACUGAGGAGAAGAACAGUUACUUUCCAGGUUUUCCUGACUACAGCAGUAGUCAAGCCAGGCUUUCUUCAGGGCACAGUACAAUUACUGUUCUUACAUACAGAUUUUAUUGAUGUUUUUAUCAUCAACAGUGAUGAUUUGUUAAAGGGUAAAGGAAUUUUUAAACUAGUAUUUAUGAUGACAUAAUUCCUUCCUUUACCUGAAAGUAGUUACAAUUAACUACAGCUGUAACUUCCCAGAAAUCACUUAAAUAGGGUGUGCAGUAACUUAUCUUGGGUGUAAGAUAUGAGUAAAGAUAUGAGUAAAGGUAGCCUGAAGUCUAAAGUACCUCUUGCUAACAUACCUUCCUCCCACCUCGUGAGACUGGUUUGGACUUCGGUGACCUUUGAAAACCUUUGGGUGAAAUGGGAACAACUUACCUGAGAAACAAAACUUAAUAGUAUCUGUGUUCACACAUUAAACUCUCCCAAAGUAAUUACUGAAUUAAAGAAUCACAGAUUAGGGCCCAAAAGAACAAUUUACAAAUAACACUGAUGAGGGUUUGAAGGACUUCAAAGCUAAGUUUGGAUGAAAUGAUCAGCUCUGCUUCCAAUGAAAUACAACUGUUGGGUCAGGUAAUUCUCAUGAUUACAGGUUAAACUACUGCAUAUUUAAUAGUAAUGUUUCAUUACUUAAAGAGCUGUUUAAUUAAACAGCUAAGCACUGGCAGCUAAAGGCAAUGUCUGUUGGCAAGUGUUCUCCCCUGUUACACUGCUGAGUGAACCUUUCCUGACAGUGUGGUGGGAUCUGGGAGCAUCCUGCCCCUGUCAGCCACCUGUGCCCUUCCCACUGCUGCCCUGCUCCUGACCUGAGCACACAUCUCACUCAAAUGUCACUGCACUCGGGCACGUUACUCAAACUGUAACUGUCCAGCAUGAAUUAAACACCUCACAGGCCACCAGGACUUUGUAGGAAGUCCAUUUUCACAGGAAUUCCACACGAGUUGAGUGUCCAGCUUUCAUUAAAAAUACCAUUAUGACUUAACUCCCUGAAAAGCUCCAUUCUGGAGGACUGUGAUUUUUUGAUCCAAAUUCUAGAAUUAAAUUAUCAUUUUCCUUCUGCUUCCCUGUUUACCUUGAGCAAGUUACCAAAAAGUUAAAGAGUUUGCUGCUGGAUUUAUACAGUACAGUAGAUUUUGUGAAUAAUAGCAGUAUUCUCUCAUGAAGAAGUGGUAUAUUUUAAUGGAAUUCUUUUUUGGAACCAAGUACAACGUAUUGCAAUUGAUAUUUCUCUUGAAACAUUUUGACGUACUUGUGACUGUAUUUCUUUUUGAUUGUGUACCAGUAUAAAAUUCAAUAAAAGAGAGGGUUUGUUUCUAA